CUACUGAAAGAAUAAGUUGUUGGUUUCAAUUUUAUAGAUGAGUGUAAGUGUGUAACAAGUUGUCUAGCUGCGCCUUUCCAUUAUUAACAAGACAGAUAACUUCAGGCAAAACUCUUUUUCUUUUUUAAAUAAAAAAAAAAUUGUACUUAUUUUCAUGUACUUAACGAGAAAGGAUAAAGAAGCGGGAAAUUUAAAUUUAUUGUUGAAAAAUCUUUCUAUGGAUUCGAGUCGUUCCGGAAAAGAAAGCGGUGAUAUCGCAAUCCCGGUAAGGGAGGUUAAGUCAUCCAAGUCAGGAAAGGGUGCACCUCCUGUUGUGGUGCCAGCCACUACAAGACUUGGUAAAGUUUCACCCGCGGCUGCAGGAUGGAAAAGAGGGGUUGGCAUUCUUGAUCUUAUUCUAAGGGCAUGUGCCAUUGCCGCUACUCUGGCUGCAGCCGCGGUUAUGGGGACCACCAGCCAAAACCUACAGUUUUUCACUCAGCUUUUCCAAUUCCAAGCAAGCUACGACGAUUUCCCUACGUUCACGUUUUUCUUGAUAGGAAACGCCAUAACAUGUGCGUAUCUCGUGCUUUCCUUACCUUUCUCGCUAGUUUGCAUUGUUCGUCCUCAUAUUGUUGGAGCUAGGAUGUUGCUCCUUAUCUUCGAUACGCUAGCGUUGUCUUUGACCGUGGCAGCUGCAUCUGCGGCUGCUGCCAUUGUCUACUUGGCACACAAUGGGAACCCCAAUACAAACUGGCCAGCACUUUGCCAGCAGUUCAACGAAUUCUGCCCACGAGUUAGCGGGGCGGUGGUGGGGUCCUUCCUGGCGGUGGCCAUUCUGGUGGUUUUGGUCGUUCUUUCUGCUGCUGCUCUCCGGAGAAACUAA